AUUACCAAGUUCCUAGGAUCACAAAGACAAAUCCAGAACAGAGUGAUGGGAGUGUCAACAUGCUGUCUGUUCAAGUUUGCUACCUUGUGCAGCAGCAUCAGGUCACGACCCUUCUCCUCGCUCUCUUCUUCAUCCACACCCUCUCACCCUUUUCCCUCCUGCUCCACCUUCUCACCAAAAGCUUCCAUCAAGCACAAUCUUGUUUCUUCAUCAUUCACAUGGAACAAUGUCUUUCGCAUUUCUGAACCCGAAGCUUCCACUCAGGACCACUCUUGUCAUCUCCAAGGCUACUUCAACAAAGUCCAACUCUGCAAUCGUGGUUCUGACAAACAAUCUGAAUUCCUUCCAUUUGUCAUUGAGGGCCAAGUUGUUGGAUUCAUUCACAAUGGGUUUGUUGAGCAUUUGAGAGGCUUUGGCGAUGUGUUCAUUUUCCCCAAUGAUGGAAGCCCCCUUGGUAACUGUGUUUCAUUGCAUCCAUUGCUGAAGACAGCUGAGGAAAGGACCAGCGCGGUUGGAUAUGUAGUAGAGCAUUUGGGAGAGGAGCGGAUACCAGGUAUACGGAAUGAGCUAUAUCCUGUGAAAUCAUCAUUCGGUGGACCGAUUUCCUUUUCACUAGAACGAGCUGCAGCUCCUUUAUUUGGCAUAAAGGCUUAUGGAAUCCACAUGUGUGGCUAUGUUGAGCUGGAUGGGCAGAAGCACCUAUGGGUAGCAAAGAGAAGUCACAUGAAGCCCACAUAUCCUGGGAUGCUUGAUCAUCUAGUUGCAGGAGGACUGCCGCACGGAAUUGAUUGUCGAGAAAAUGUUGUGAAGGAAUGUGAAGAGGAAGCAGGAAUACCCAGAACCAUCUCUAUGAAAGCAUUACCUGUUGGUGCUGUUUCAUAUAUGGACAUUGAUGGAUAUAGCUACAAGAGAGAUGUUCUAUUCUGCUAUGAUUUGAAACUUCCUGAAAGUUUUGUUCCAGAAAAUGAAGAUGGAGAAGUUGAUAGCUUCAAGUUGAUCCCUGUUAAGCAAGUUGCAGAAGUCAUACGCACAACUCAGCUUUUCAAACCAAAUUGCUCUCUCGUGAUAAUUGACUUCUUGUUUCGACAUGGAUACAUCAGUCCUGAAUAUCAUGGAUAUUUGGAUCUUCUUCGAAGCUUAAGAACUGGAGAUUGCUCCUGAUAUAGAAAGCAUCAUGACUAUUUCCUGUAUCAAGCAUUCCUAUGUUAUUUAGUUUCUUGGUUAUUGUCCGGCAUAGUCCAAUGGAAGGUUCAAAGGGCUUAUUUUCAUAGUGAGCCAUAAUAAGUUGUUAAUUCAAUUUAUUUCUUUAAUUGAGUGAUGAAAAUUGAUCUUAUGGCAAACAAACCCGAACAGAUCUAUUCUAAA